CGGGAAAUGAAAAAAUAAAAAUUAACAAAAACAGCUGAUCUUAUAUAAGAAAAACCAUAAAGCAAACAACCUAUCAAAUUGAAGGAAGAUUCAUCUUCUGAAGAAUCAGAUGAUCAAAAAAAUGAUUUUAAAAGAUUUUAAAUGGUAGAUGAGGAAAAACAAAAACUUGGAUAAAUAGAUCAUUACUUACAAAAUGGUAAGCCAAUAAAGAGUGAUCCUUAACCAAAGAAAAAAAAAGAAUUUGAAUUUAAGAUGAUUGAGGAACAAAAAUAACCAUAAAUUUUAAAAGAAGAAGAAAAAUUAGGAGAUUAAUCUGAUUUUGAUGAUGAUUCAGAUUUAAAUAUGAAUUUUGAUCAUUUAAAUACAAUUACUAGAACAUCUACAUCUACAACUUAAGCAACUUAAAUUACUAAACUCUUAACUCAAAAUUAAAAAAUGGAAACUAAAAAUUUUAAGGAAAAAGAAUAAAUUAAUUAAUUAGAAUUUGAAAAUAUAUAAGGAACUAAAAUUGAAGUUGAAGAAGAAUCUAUUUAAGAUAUUUAAUCUAAACCUCUUAUGAAAAAAAAGUAUUUUGUUUUAGGAAAUUCGGGAGAGUAUUAAUAAGAAUAAAUUAAAAAAAUUAUCAGAUAUUAUGGAGGAUAUGUUUCUAGUUAGGUUAUUUAAGGUUGUAUUUUCAUUUAAGGUGAAACUCAGAAUAAUGGUCGCAAUAUUAAAGAUAGCUAACAUUUAUAAUCUUCUAAAAACUAUAACAAUUUGCAUCUUGAUUUUGAAGGUUUUAACAAUCAUUUAAAAUAAUAUACUGGUAAUGAUCUCUAGAAAUCCUUAUAAUUGGUAUUACAAAAUAAUCCUUAAAAUAUAGAAUAAUAAUAAAUAUAAUCAAAUCAAUCAUCUUCAUCAAUGUUUUAGUCUAAAUCCUUAUAAUAAUUAAAUUAAUAAAAUAUUGUUAAAAAAUAAUCUAUCUAAGAAGUUAAAAAUGAUCUUAGAGCUAAAUUUGACAGUGAAGUUGUUCUAGUUGAAAAAUAAGUUGAAUUAAAAGCUGAAAUAGCUAAUUUUUCUAAAAAUAAAUAAAUAUAAGAAGAACAAAAGAAGGCUUAAAAAAUUGAACAAAUAAUUGUAGAAGAAUAAAAGUAAAAAUGUUAAUUAUGGACAAAUAAAUAUGCUCCAUCAAAAGUAUCAGAUUGUCUUGAUCAAACACAUGUUAUAAAUAUAGUUAAAUGGUUAGAUAAGUGGGGCAAAUAAGAGUUAGAAAGUAUUAUUUUAAAAUUUAUUUUUAGUUUGUCCUGGUUCAUUUUAAUCUUAAAACUUUGCUGCAAAAGCCUUACUUUUAUCAGGUCCUCCAGGAAUUGGUAAAACAACUAUAAUUAGAUUAAUUGCGAAACAAAAGUCUUAUUAAUUAAUCGAAUGGAAUGCUUCUGAUGUUAGAAGUAAACUUUAAAUAGAAAACUAUGUUAAACAUCUUUAAGAUAAUACAGUUCUUAGAUUUAAAGAUGCUAAUUUAAUAACUGAAGGAAAAACUAUUAUAUUAAUGGACGAAGUAGAUGGAAUGACUGGUAGUGAUAGGGGAGGAAAUAAAUGUUUAAUUGAUAUGAUUAAACUAACAAAAGUUCCUAUUGUUUGUAUAUGUAAUGAUAGAAAUAAAUAAUCAAUGAGAUCUUUAGCUAAUUAUUGUCUUGAUUUACAAUUUAAAAAACCCAAUUAAGUAGAAAUUUAUAAAAAGCUUGAAUAUAUUUGUAAGUCUGAAAAUAUCAGUUAUGAGCCAGCAGAAUUAAAAUAGUAAAUUGAAUUUUCAUAAUGUGAUAUAAGGUAAUUGUUAAACUUAUUAUAAAUGCAUAAAGUAGGUUUAAAAUUACAUAUAAAUAAAAAUAUUGGAAAGGAUGGCUCUGUUACUUCAAAUAUUUAUGAAUCGAGUAGAAUAUUAUUAAAUUAUAAGGAUUCUGAAAAAUAACCAAUUCAUAAAUUAAUGGAUUAUUAUUUUUAAGAUCCAGAUAUGACUCAAUUUUUUUAUCAUGAAAAUUAUUUAGAUUUACAAGGAGUAAAAAAGACUACUUCAAAUGCUAUAUAAAGCUUCUCUUUAGCAGCCUCAUCAUUAGCUGAUGCAGAUGUUUUAAAUACAAAAGUUAGAUCUUAGAUGUGGGGAUUAAUGCCUAAUGUAGGAUUUUUAUCAACAAUGUAUCCAACUUAAAUUUUAAAAGGAAAUCUACUUUCAAAAGUCAAUUUUCCUUAAAUGCUUGGUAAAAUAUCUAGUGAGAAUAAAAUUAAAAGAUAAAUUUUAGAAGUUAAAGAAGCAUUUGCUUAAUAAACAUAUUUAACAAACACUAAAGCAAUUAAAUUUUAAUAUAUUGAACCAUAUGCUUUUAUUGUUAUUUAAAGUUUAUCAAAUGCUGGUUUAAGUUGCAUAGAUGAAUUAGUUUAAUUAUUAAGAACUUACAAUUUAAAUAUUUAAUAAUUUGAAGAAUGUGUUGUUGGUUCCUUAGCAUUAUUUCCAAAAAGAGAUUUGAUGACUGAUAUAACAUCAUAAGUUAGAACAUCUUUAAAUAAAGCAAUGAAAUAAUCAAUGGAUUCUGCUGAUAAAUUAGGAAAAGAAAAGAAAGCUAUAUAAGCUACUAAUGUAAUAAAAAAGAUUUAAAAUAAUGAAAAUGAUUUAAAUGAAGAAGUCAAUCAAGAAGAUGAUAUUGAGGAAGAUGAAUUAAAAUAAAAGAAAAAUACUAAAUAAAAAAAUAAAAAUGUUAAAUAGCAAGAGAAACCAAAAAUUAAAUAAGAAAAACAAGUAAAUGAUAAAAAUAAGUAAAAAAAGAAAGGAAAAAAAUGA